CGUGGCCACACUGCUCCCCCGCACGCGCACGCGCGCGCUGCGUUCACGUGCAGCUCUGCUGAGCCUGACCCCGCCGAGUGUGGCCGCGCUUCAUGGGCCCUGCCGCAGGCUCGGUGACGGCACGCUACCUCGUGUACUUCCAGUACUUGGGCACGGACUUUAACGGGGUCGCGGCCGUCAGGGGCUCCCAGCGCGCCGUCGCCGUCGGGGUCCAGAACUAUCUGGAGGAAGCUGCAAAGCGGCUGAAUUCGGUGGUGCCAGUCAAGUUCACGAUCUCCAGCCGCACGGAUGCCGGGGUCCAUGCCCUGUGCAACGCGGCUCACCUGGACGUCCAGCGCCGCUCAGGCCAGCCCCCCUUCUCCCCAGAGGUCCUGGCAGAGGCUCUCAACGCCCACCUGAGGCACCCGGCCAUCCGGAUAUUGCAGGCUUUCCGGGUACCCAGUGACUUCCAUGCCCGCCAUGCAGCCACAUCCCGGACCUACCUGUACCGCCUGGUCACUGGCUGCCACCGGCCUGACCAGCUGUCAGUGUUUGAACGAAACCGAUGCUGGCCCCUGCGGGCGGGCUGCUUGGAUGUGGAUGCCAUGCAGGAAGCUGCCCAGCACCUGCUAGGGACGCAUGACUUCAGUGCCUUCCAGUCAGCUGGCAGCCCAGCCGCUAGCUCGGUGCGCACACUGCGCCGAGCCUCGGUGUCCCCUGACCCAGGCAGCCCCUUUGUCCUCCCCCAGGAGAACAGGGUGGGUUCCUGCCCUGCCCUACCCUGCCCAGCUCAGCAUUCGUUGCCUAGUAGAUGGAUCUUGGCAGCUGCUGAAAAGGCUUUGCUGAAAGAGAAGCACCAGGCCAGUGGUUCCGGCCCUACCUGCUAGGGGGUUGGUUCUGCUGCCCCUGGCACUGUCCCUGGGGCCUCUGGCCAGAUGUCAGCUGUUGACUUCCAAAACCUUCCCCGUUGGAGCCAGCAUGGAGGAGGAACUUAUGCAUGGUCAGCUGAAGAGCCCCUGCCUGGGGCUUGGGUCCCUGGUAGAUGAGCUGGCCGCACUCAGCUCCCUCAGCUGCCACAGAGCCUACACCGGGACCUCCACCUCAGCGGCAUCUCCAUCUGAGAGCCCUGUCCCCACUGCCAAGGCCCCCAGAAGGCUCUGCUGCCCCUCCCACUCACAGUGUCCCUCCCACCAGCUUCACUUGAGGGUAGGGUGGUCAGUGGAAGCCCUGGGGUGGAAGAGAGUGGGAACCAGUAUUCCCCAGACCCCUUCCCCUGCCCACCUCCUUGUUUGGGGUCACAGUGUGGACUCAGGGGCUGCCCUGGCCCAGACAUCUCAAGUGCC